CAUGUCCUUUCAUGGUCAAUGACGUAGCACAUAUUGAAAGCCUCCUUUAAAUGCCUACUAACGCACGAGCUUCAGUUAUCUACCGCCGGGCAAGUGAACGGUGCGAAUUACCAACAGACGAUCCUAUUUAAGAUAUCCAAUAAAUAAAGAUAUCCGUUGUAAUCAUUUCUAUGUCCUGAAUGAUAAUGCCUGGUUACAUUUGAGCUUAAAAACACCCAGUGCGUUUGGGCAACUUUGCAGUGGCUUAAAUUAAAAUGACAGCUAACAGUGUGGAUAAAGUUUCUGAGUCGCUCACUGAUUUCAUACGCGCUAUUGCAACGGAUGUUUGUCCUAUGGAUGAAAUCCCUCCAGACAUACCAAGCGGCUUUCCUCAUGUAGACGUGAGAAGCGAGGCAUCAGGAGGUAGCCUGGGCGCGGAGAGUUUCUCUAAGGAAAAGCGCAUUGCUGACUUUAUAGACCCGAACAGCACUCAGAGUUCUCCUCUCGCCUACACGGGCAAAAUUUCCAUCGGCGCUCAGUGCGCACACGGCAGCUGGAGCCCAGACAGCUUGAUCAACUUUGUCUGCGCAGAAGUCCAAAACGCGACACCUGGCCUCAGCCCUUUCCCGACCGCCUCUCCAGGACCCACAGACCUCUCGGGGGCUUCAGCUUGUGCCAAAAGCCACGAGAAGGAUAUGGAGCACAUGUACACAUCACCUCCCCCUUACACCUGUAGUGCGGAUGGCUACCAGGACCCCUCGACCUACCUAUCAACUAGUACAUGUCCAUUAACGUACCCGCCUGCUUCUUACACAUCCCCAAAGUCCAGCAUAGACGGUGCGCUUUUCUCCAUCAUACCAGAUUAUGGAGGUUUUUACCAGAGCAGCGGCCAAAGAGAUGCUCCUGUCUUCCAGGACCGAAAACCGUUCUCCUGCUCUCUGGACUCCGUUAGAGUUCCUCCGCCCCUCACGCCGCUGAACAUGAUAAGAAAUUUUACUCUUUCGUGUCCCGUGGACGGAUUGAGGCCGCCCACUGACUCCAACCCACAGAGUGUCCCGUUACGACCCAUACUGCGACCGAGGAAGUACCCGACCCGGCCGUGUAAGACCCCGGUCCAUGAGAGGCCGUACCCGUGUCCAGCGGAGGGUUGCGACCGCAGGUUCUCGCGGUCCGACGAGCUCACGCGCCACGUGCGCAUCCACACCGGCCAUAAGCCGUUUCAGUGCCGCAUCUGCAUGCGCAGCUUCAGCCGCAGCGACCACCUAACCACGCACAUCCGCACGCACACGGGCGAGAAGCCCUUCUCCUGCGACUUCUGCGGCCGGAAGUUCGCCAGGAGCGACGAGCGAAGGAGGCACACGAAAAUCCACCAAAGACAGAGAGAGAAAAGGGCGAGCGCUCCUCCUGCCCAGACAUCAGGCGCUCAAGGCGCCGUGUGAGAAAUAACCGGCCUCCUGAACCAUGACCACGUGACAAGAAAAGGGCGCUGGACAUAGGACCUUGUUUACCACCUUUCGGACCAAGACGUCAUGUUGUUUAUAUCGGUAUGUCCCAAACCGUGUACUACCUUACUUUACCAGGACAUGCAGAGUUCGUAUGUGCUCAAAAAAAGGCAUCCACACGUUCCCAAACCUGGUUUUGGAGUACCCCUUGUCCUGCACAUUUUGAUGUGUUUCCUGCUCCAACACGUCUUAUUCAACUAAUCAAUAUUUUACAAUAUUGACUUGAAGUGAGUGUGUUAGAACAGGGAACACACUAAAAUGUUCAGGACAGGAGGUACUCCAGCACCUUGGCUGGGAACCCAUGGUAGGCUACGGAUUAACCUUAUUUAUCAUGUGCAGAGCUCACUGUGGUUGAAAAGCUGCCCUAUCCAAGGGUCCCUGAAAAUGAGGCCUCGAAGGGUGUAAUAGAAAAGAUUGCCCACAGAGCCUGCAUUCACACAGGGCCUAGAAAUGUAGAAUAUAGAAUAUAAACAAACACAUUCCUAACUGGAUAUACUGAUUUACAUUUUCAUUUCACUCCCUUGUGUAAUAAAUAUGAAAAUGGCUUGCCCUGCAGCCUCUAUCUCAUUCUUGCUAUCAGGAAGACGAACAUGUAGCCCCCAUAGCUGCCUCCUUUCUCACUCACUAUGGAUUAUUAAACGAGUAAAUUAGCUAUUGAAUAAAUUUCCUAACAGCAGCAUUGAAGCUUGCUUGCCACAUGUUAAAACUCUAGUUCAUAUGUCAUUUAUCAACUGUUUUGCUCAUAUCAUUGUUGUAAUUCAUGCUUGUCUAUACAUAUUUGUCAUUUAUACUGAAAUGGGGCACUUCUGCUAAAAAGGGAGCUCUGAAAAGAGUGCCCCACCCUCUGCAUGUCCCUGGUGAUAAGUGGUAUGUAAAAACAGUAUGAUAUAGGACAGUACUAUGUGACUUCUGACCUGGCCUGUGUGUGCGAAUCAAAGGCAGCUUUAUAUGAGUCUUGUGUAUGACAUUGUUAAUGUAUUUCACAUGAUCAGGGAAAAAAACCCUCCCUGCUGUUACAAGUACGCUAUCUGAGCUCUGUAUAUUCUAUUUCUUUUAAGUCUAGGUCUACUGUUUAAAAUGUGUAACUGAUGAUUUCUGUUGUAACAUUCACAGAUCACUUUAUAGAAUUAACUGCUGCUUUUUGUAACUGGUGAAGUAACACUCUCUUUACUAUCUUACUGUAAUUUUUGUGCUGACUUUUUGUGAAACUGGGCCCUUGCUAAGAACUUCAUUUGUUCCUAGUGUGCCCUCCUGACAUUUGUUCUGUACACAAAAUGAUUGUGUCCAAAUCAUUCUAUGAGGUGUGAAUCUGUAAAUAAUUAAAUUAAUACAAUGUAGAUAUGCUGUACAUGCAGUGUUGUAAAGGGGAAAGUUUUCAAAUGCCAGGCAUUACAUAGGAAUACCACUAGAGGCUACCCUUUGUUAUUUUUGGGUAAGACAGGAAGGUAACGUGAGAGUGAACCCAGGAUCCCAUUUACACCUGGAUAUUUCACACAUCUUGUAUCUGGGUUGUUUCCUGAUAAGAUUUUAACCACCUGUUUUCACGACCGCUGGCAAAAAUUAUGGUACCGGCAUACUUAGAGGAUGUUCACUCAGAUUUUUUUACUUCGUAGCAAAUAAACAAAUCACAGAUAUGACAUAAAACCGUUUUUUGUUUAAUAGCUGAACAUUCUGGCUUCAUGAAACAUGCCUCAAACAAGUUAAAUUAAAUUGUUUAAAUUAAUGGCAUAUUUUUUUCCAGAUCAAGUAGAAGACAAAAUUAUGGAAUCACUCAAUGUAGAGGGAAAAAAAAUUGGAAUCAUCAACAAAUUAAGUCACAAUUAAUACUUUUUUGCUCCUCCUCAGGCUUUUAUGAUGGCCUGAAUUCUUUGAGGUAUGGACUACAGUAAUGAAAAACAAUAUUGUCCAACCUUCUGGUUCCAACCUUCUCAAAUAGCAGUUGACAGAUCAGCUUUGCAGGAUGGAGCCUUGUCAUGGACCAAAUUUUUUAAAUUUCCACCAUAAAUUUCCAGUCGGAUUGAGAUCCGGACUGUUUGUUGGCCAUGUCAUUGAGUUGAUCUAUCUUUGCUGAAGAAAAGCUUUAACACUUUUUGCUCUGUGGUAAGAUGCAUUAUCAUCUUGAAAAAUGACUUCAUCAUCACCAAGACUAUUUGCACUGAUUGUUGAGGUCUCCCCUGGUCCUUUACCUACCAUACAACCCUAUAUCAUAAAUGUGUGGGGAAAUUUGAUUGUUUUAUUCAGGCAGUCAUCUUUAUAUGUUUUAUUAGAACAGCACCAGACAAAAGUUCCAGUAUCAUCUCCUUGACCAGAGCAGAUUCAUGAUUCAUCACUGAAUACCACUUUCAUGCAUCACACUCCUUGAUUGCUUCUCUUUAGACCAUUGUAACCUUGUUUUCCUUUUAUAACCUUCCCAUUUUGUUUAUACUUGCACCAAAUUUUAGAUACAGCUGACUGGGAACCACCAACAUCUUUUUUGCCACAUUCUGUGUUGGAUUUCCUUCUGGGAGAAGUUUUAUACUCUUUUCCAUUGUUUCAAUUGACAACUCUCUUGUUGGGACCAUGUUUCCUUUCACAGUCCAAGGUUAAGGUCUGUAAGCACUCUCUUUUAACUGCAGACUAAUUUGCAUUUUUAGGCUUGUGCUGGUAUUUGUUUUAGAAAUGCAAAUUACAAGGAGAUUGCAUAAUUUUUUCCUCUACAUUGAGUGAUUCCAUAAUUUUGUCCUCUACUUGAUCUGGAACAAAAUAUCCCAUUAAGUAAAAUAAGUUUAUUUAACAUGUUUGAGGUACGUUUCACAGCUAUUACACAGAAAUAGUUUUGUGUCAUAUCUGUGAUUUGUUUAUUUUCUACAAAGUAAAAAAAAGUCGAGUGAACAGCUUCUAAGUGUGGUGAUUCAAUAAUUUUUGCCAGGAGUUGUACACUUCUGGACAAAUGAUCAGACUGUAAAUCUGCAUUUAUGAAUUAAUAUGCAAAUCAGCUCAUUACAUUCAAAAAUCAACUUGCAUUGUUGGUCCUCACCUUUAGUUAGAUUUAUUUGAAGGUUGCUAUAUCAGCCACCGACAGUAGCAUUCAUGGAACAAGUGCAUCAAUUAAGUUACCUUCAUUAGUGGUUUGGAUGAUCAGAUAUAAAUGUUUAAAAUGUAUCUUUGGUGAAUUUACAUUUUCAUUUUUACGUGUAUAAUCUGUAUCUGGAUAUCAUCAAGACACAUGAAACAACCAAAGUGGAAAUGGAGUGUAGAAUACUUAUAAUCCCCUCCGGGACGGCAAGGCCCAUUCUUUUUUUUCUUUUCUUUUUUGCUAUAGACUGAAGACAUUUGUGAUUAAAAGAUGAAUCUAAGAAGAGAGUUUAGAGUUUCAGCUUUUAUGCCCUGGUAUUUUUAUGUAGAUGAGUUAAAUUGUAUGGAAUAUAGCACAUUUUGUAUCAGACGACCCAAUUUGUAGGUGAGCAAAAAUAUUGGAACAUGUGACUGACAGGUCUUUCUUGUUACCCAGGUGUGUCCUGUUCGACUGAUUGUUUUUAAACAAUAAAUAGCUCUGAAUAUCUGC